CUUGGCUAUGAGCUAGCUGCGAGCGAACUUGAUGGUAGUAGUUUUGGUUUAGGUUCAUGCCGGGGAUAGAAAUGAAAAUGCUGCACUCAACUAAGGCCAUUCUUUGGAACACACUGAAUUCCAAUCAUUGUCAAUAUCAUAAAAGAGAAAUUGGAGUUUUUUUAACAGAUUGGGCAAAGAGAUUUAGACUGAGUAAAGCAUUAACUUUUAAAAAUAAAAAACCAAAGUAUUUUGAAAAACUUCCAUAUGAAGUCGCAGCGGGAGAUUAUGUGGUUAUGAUUGGCGGCGCCGUCCAUUAUACUGGUGGUCAGUGGUUUGGCCGUGAAAAAAAAUGGUUCACUAGACUGCCAAGUAGGUCGGAAGUUGAAAAUGAUUAUAUUGAUGCAAUCGACUUUAAAAGUACCGGCAUUGAAAAAAAUGGUUUAAAGCACUUGGUUGCCCUGAAGAAAUUGAAGUUCUUGAGCUUUGCAGACUGUCCGUUCGUUGAUGAUAGCUGCAUGUCUCAGCUUGUUAACUUCCGAGAUUCUCUAACCCACUUGGACAUAAGCAGAUGUCAUCGGAUAACAGCAAAUGGCUUUGGAUUAUUACACAAGCUUAGAAACUUGGAGAGAGUAAAUAUGAAUGGAUUAAAGGAUAUGGAAGAUGUCAAGUUAGUUGCGCUAAUGUUGGAAGAUAUUAUACCAAAUUUACGCCUGGAAAUAGUCACAGAACACCUGAAGCAAGUUGAAAGUACCAUCAAACACACAAAGGAACACGGUCUUGUUUUGGAUGAACUGAAAGAACCUUUAGAUGCCAAAAAUGCCAGUAAACAGCCAAAUGUGCGUGGCUUGAUCUUAAAAGAACUUGAAAAAAACCCAAUCCCAAAUUUAACACCUUCAAAAAGAACAUUACUAGAGUCAACGUCUAAAUGACCAGAGACAUUUACAGUAAAUAUAUAAUAAAUCAGAAAGUAAUGGAAA